UGAGCGUAAACAGUGGUAAGACGCGACGACAUACGAGGAACGAGCAAGCAGGUAUCUGUUAAACGGAGCUAUCCUUACGGUGUCACGCUUUCUGAUUCGGUUUAGUUUGAAGUGCCUGACUCUUGGGAUUGUAAGGGGUGUUUGAUCGGCUGGUGAAGCCAAAUCCUAAGGCGUUUGUUAAGGGGUAUACCUAACACUAAGAUAGCGUGACUGGAGUGUGACGUGACCCAUUUUGUGAGUUGGACGUGACUGGGUGUGACAGCGGAGGUUGAUUUCUGGCAGAAAGAUGGGAGAGGGCGGCACCAACUGUAUUUUUCUGUUGAUUGGGGCUGGUGUAGGCAUUGUCGUCCUUCUGGUCGUCAUCUUGGUGCCGAUGAGUUUCUCCGAUCUGGAGUACUAUGAAAUUGCCUUUAAAAGAAGGAAGAGUACUGGAGCGGUUGACACAUCACGGGUAUACUCAGGUGGAAAGUACUUCAUAGGACCAGACUUUGAGUUCAAGAAAUACACAGCGUCAGCUCACUAUGUCUUCCUGAAUGAUGUUGCUGUCUUCACGUCGGACAAACUGGAGGUGCUUUUAGACGUGUCAUUCCAGUACUUCCUGCGUCCCGAAGACCUGAAGCAGCUCCACAGCCAGUACGACAUCUCCUACGAAGCUGUCAUGCGCACCAGUGCUGUGGAUGCUCUCAAGGGAGAGGCACCAACUUUCACAACCCGACAGUAUGUAUCGGACCGUGCAGCUUUGGAGGCGGCCAUGUUUAAAGGUGUGAGAGAGAGGCUGGGAGGCAAAUGCUGUGCUAAGAACUGUAAAAGUUUCAAGUUUGCGUGUCCACCAGGAUGCAAAGAAGUGAGGCUGUGCACAACGGCAGACAAGGGGCUGUUUGUUGAUGUCAAGUACUUCCAGUUGGGGCAGGUGCAGAUACCCAGUGAUGUGAAGGACCGAUUCCUCCGUGCUCUCACUCUCCAGGAAGAUGCUCUCCGUGAACAGCUGCUGCAGGAUGCCCAGAUUGUCCGAAAACAGACGGAUGUGGAGGUUCGCCAGAUCAAGAAUGACGGCAAGGAAAUCAGCGCCAAUGCAACAGCGCAGUCAACAACUAUUGCCACGCUGGCUAGUGCCAACUACACGCUUGCAGUGGAGAGUGCCAGGAGUCAAGGACUGAAGAAGCUGUACACUAAGCUCGGCAUCAACGAGCAGAAGUUCAAAAACAGCUUCGACUAUCUCCGCACACUGCGUGGAAUGGACCAUGUGCACUUCACAGUGGACUUCCAGCAAAGGAUUGUUGGAAAUAUGGGAAGCACUUGAAUAUGAGUUUACCAUCAGCGAAAGAAUUGUUCUAAUGAUGUAAAGUUUCUGAUGAUCAGCACCCUCUCAGGGCGUGGACUGGAGGAUAAAGGUAGAUUAUUUAUACCCCGCUGAAGGAUGGUUUGUAUUGUAUAAUCUAUCUUUUUCAUCCACCAUCUCACACUAACAUUCCGGCUGUAUUCAGGGUAAUGUGACUCAACUAAUGAAGUCUGUCUGGUUCCACAGGCUGGUAACUUACACAACAUUCUGUGGACCUUGCAGAUAUCUCUUUGGUUCCAGGGGUGGUGUAAUUUACCAAA